UCAAGCAUACAAUUCAAUACAAUAUUUACUUGUGGUGUUGGAAAUUUCGAAGAAAAAAGUGGAUGAUUAAGGACACCAACCUUACAGAUGAAGGUCUUCAAUACUUUGCACUCACCGGGAACUUCAUUUGCAACUACUUCGCUGAGAUCGGGGAAGAAGUCGACAAGAGGAAGGGCAAUGUCGAUAAGAAGGAUGUUUCUAAAGUCCAGAAACGUGAUGCAAGUGCUUCUUCCAGCUCUAAGAACUCCAAAGGGAAGUCUUACUGCAAGUUCUGCCGCAAGGAAGGACAUAGACAGAAAGACUGCCAAGACUUUAAGGAGUGGCUGACGAAGAAAGGGAUUCCUUACAAUCCAGAAGCUGGAAAGAAACCGAAGAACACUUAAGCUGGGGAAUGGAACAGAACUAGCUGUCGAAGCCGUGGGAACCUUAGAAUUAAUAAUGAAAACUGGUUUAUGUAUUAAACUUUAUGAUACCUUAUAUAUUCCUGAGAUUACUCGGAAUUUAGUAUCAGGACCAAAGUUAGACAUAGACGGUUUUGAUGUUUCUCAUGGUCAUGGCAGACUUACUAUUAGUUUCAAUUCUCAAGUGUUUGGUCAUGGUUUUCUGGAUGGUGGUCUCUAUAAAUUAGAACUAGAUGA